GCCCAAAGUAAGAUCCAACCCUGCCUCUAAAAUAGAAACAUUCAGCGCUCCCAAAAUUCCUCUUUUCUGUGUAUGCGACUCUGCUUCUGUCGUACAAAUACGCAGUACAAUUUCAUAUCUCUCAGAUAAAAGGGGAAAAAGAAACAAAUCCGUCGAAGUCUCCAAACAUGGCUGAACCAAACUUGGAACAAGUGUUUGAAGAGAAAAAGCGUGUCAAGAACCCUUUAGUACCCGUUGGUGCACUUAUGACAGCAGGAGUGCUCACAGCUGGCUUAAUCAGUUUCAGGCGAGGCAAUUCUCAAUUGGGCCAGAUUUUAAUGAGAGCCAGAGUGGCUGUCCAAGGUGCUACUGUGGCGCUUAUGGUCGGCACUGCUUUCUACUACGGAGAGAACCCCUGGAAAAAGUCCAGUUAGAGUCUAGAUAUUGCAUUUUGACUGUUGUAACUUGAUAUAGUUUCACACAAUUUGCGUUCUAUUUGGUGGAGCCCAUCUUCAUUGGUAGCAAAAACUAUUGUCCUAGCAAAUAUGCAUAGAUGCAGCUAUGGCUGUCUCCACUAUCUAUGUUGAUUUUAUGUUCAUUCUGAAUAAAUGAUAUAACAAUUCUUAUGUAUUUUGUAAGUGCCAUUAGAAUGUGUUGGUGGCAUUCUUCAUGAGUGAAUUAGUCUUUUAGACUCGAA